AAGGGUACGAAGUUUUAUCACUAUUUUUUUAAUCACUUUUUUUCGAUUGAGUUCGUAAAUUAGAUUAAUUAAAGGAAAUUAAGUGCCAAAAAGUAUUACAAUUAUGAACUAGCAGUAUCUACAAUUAGUGAAAAAGCAUGGUGAAUUGGUGACCAUUGCUCUCAAGAUACCACAAUGAAAGUUACGAAGCUGACCAGUGAAGAAAUCUGGAUUGGACUGGAAAUGGGUCUGGAACGAAUAUACAGAAGAGAACCUUUGACAAAAAACCAGUAUGUUGAUUUAUAUACUCGCGUUUACGAAUUUUGCGUGAAAAGCUCCUGUUCAAAUGGUAAUGAUCUUUACAAAAGACUAGACUCGUUUCUAAAUGUUCACCUGCUCAAUUUACAAUCAAUUAGUUCCAAUCUAAUCGACGAAGAUCUUCUGAAAUUCUACACCAGAGAGUGGGAAAUGUAUCACUUUAGCUCCAAAGUCCUGAAUGGCAUCUGCGCAUAUUUCAACCGGCACUGGACAAUUGAAAGGACGCUCGAAGCCGGUGGAGGCUGCAAAUUCGAGAUUUACCAUCUAGCCUUCAUUAACUGGCGCGAAAGUCUACUGGAAGGAAUGCUUAGCAGAUUGACAAACGCUAUUUUAAAACUAAUUGAACGCGGAAGAAAUGGAGAAUCGAUAAGUACGAGAUUGAUUAGUGAAGUAUUGAAUUCAUUGGUUGUGUUAGGAUUGGAUAAAGAAUGUCCGGCGGCUGGAAUAAGUCUGCAGCUGUAUCAAAAUUCGUUUGAAGAACCAUUUCUAAUCGAUACCGAACGAUUUUACAUGCAAGAAAGUACCGAAUUUCUUGAAAAUCAUUCCAUAGCAGAAUUCAGAAAGAAAAUUCAUCAACGAAUACUAGAAGAAAGACAGCGAGCUCAAAUUUAUCUGCAUGAAAGUACACACGAUAAACUAGUAGAGACUAUACAAAGAAGUUCUCUAAAAUUGCAUUCGGAAACGUAUUUCGAUGAAUUUCAAAUCGCUUUGGAAACAGAUAACGUCGAAGAUCUUCGUGCGCUUUAUAUGCUUGUUAAUCAAGUUGAUGAUACUCUAAAAGUGCUUCAAUCAAUGGUACAAAAGCACGUCAGCCAGGAAGGAAGAAAUUCUAUAGCGAGGCAUAGCGAAUCGAUAAAAAACAACUCGAAGAUGUACCUAUACGCUGUUGUGCAAGUACAUAAAAAAUAUGCUAAAUUAAUUCACGAAUCGUUCAGCAAUAAUCCUGGGUUUGUGGCAGCGUUUGAUAAAGCUUGCUAUGAUUUUAUUAAUAAUAACUCCGCCAUUUCUAAUGGUAGUUCGAGUUGUAAAUCUGCCGAAUUUUUGGCUAAAUUGAGCGAUUUAAUGUUGAAAAAAUCCAAUCGGAAUUCCAACGAGACUGAUCUCGAAGAUACACUUGAUCAAAUCGUUGUUGUAUUUAAAUACAUUAGAGAUAAAGAUGUAUUUUUACAUUUUUAUCGCGAAAUGCUAGCUAAACGACUAAUAUUGCGUUCAUCUGUUAGCGAAGACAGCGAAGCUUCUAUGAUUUUGAAACUGAAACAAAUUUGCGGCGUGGAGUACGCUAAAAUGCUUCAUAGAAUGUUUCAAGAUAUAUGCGUUUCCAGAGACUUGAACGAGAAAUUUAAAAAUUAUUUAGGUGUUUUGAGUAAAACUCUGAUGAUAGAUUUCGAUGCGCAGAUAUUAUCUGCAGGUUCCUGGCCGCUGCAUUCUUCGAGUACGUUUUUACUUCCUGCGGAAUUAGAACAAACCAUUUCUUUGUUCACUUCAUUUUAUAACAGUUCUUUCUCUGGUCGUAAAUUGAAUUGGCUUUACAAUAUGUCAAGAGUUGAAUUAAUUACCAAUUGCUUCGAUGUUCGAUAUACUCUUAGAGUUUCCACUUUUCAAACAGCUAUACUUCUCCAGUUCAAUUCUUCAGAUUCGUGGUCUAUCAAUCAGCUAUGUUCUGCGACAGGAAUUGAUACUAAGAUUCUAAUUCAAAACGUUCUCAUCUUAAUUAAAUCCAAACUAUUGCGUUCCGAAGAUGACGAAUCUAGUAUGCAAACUUCAUCUGUAGUUCGAUUUUCCGCCGAAUAUAAAAAUAAAAAAUUGAGAGUCAAUGUAAAUCAGCCAACCAAAUCGGAACAAUCAACAGGGCAGAAAAGCACUCACGAUCGUAUUCAGGAAAGCCGUCUUAUAGCUAUACAAGCAACGAUCGUGCGUAUCAUGAAAAUGAGGAAAUCGUUAAAACAUCAUCAAUUGGUGGCUGAAGUUUUCAAACAGAUCUCUUCACAGUUUCAACCUUCAGUUAUAAAUGUUAAGAAAUGUAUUGAUAUAUUGAUUGAAAAAGAGUAUAUUGCGCGUAUGGAUGACGAAAAUGAUGCCUAUCGGUAUUUAGCCUAGUGUUUUUUACUGUAUUUAUUUAUUUACUUUUUUACCCUUUGUUUUUAAUCAUACCAUCGUUGUAGCGAAUUUUUUUUUGAUAGUAUUCAUCAAUUUUUUAACGUUUUUAAAUCAAUUUUUAUAGUUGUGAUGUUUUUUGUACAUCAUAUUGUGACGGUUGGAAUAAAACUCGAUACUUGUUACAGUUCA